CCUUCACUAUUCAUUAUCCGUUUUCAUAUCGAUUAACAGCGCAAAAGACACAAUAAAAGUUACUCAACACUGCACCAACUCCUAUAUAUCUAUCUAUCUCCACUUAUGUAUAUAUUUUUCCUCGUUACUUUCCCCAUUUUUCUAGAAAGAGAAAGAGCAGAGAGAUAUUCUUAAAUUCUUCGACCUCAACCUGAACCUCAUCAUUCAGUGCUAACACAGGAAUGUCAGAGGUUAGAGACCCAGCAAUAAAGCUGUUUGGAAGGACAAUUUCGCUGCCACACAAUCAUUCUUCUUCUCUUCCUGCGCCUGCCACUUUUCCUUCUUCCUCUUCUCCGCCUGAAGUUUCCUCUGCAACAACACCACACCAACCUCAGGAAUCAUCAAGGAAAGAACUUACCUCAUCACAAGAUGAUGAUAACUCACAUCAAACUACAGAGGAUGUAAAAUCUGCCACCACAUCUUCAGGCAUGGAGAAUCCUAAGACUUCCUCAGCAGAAACCGAGACAUCAUUGCUGAAAUCCCCAACAAAUGGAGAACAAAGUGAGUCUAGUGCUUCCGAAGAAAAAACACCAAAGAAACCCGACAAGGUUCUUCCAUGCCCGCGAUGCAAUAGCAUGGACACCAAAUUCUGUUACUACAACAACUACAAUGUCAACCAGCCCCGACAUUUUUGCAAGAGCUGUCAAAGAUACUGGACUGCAGGAGGGACCAUGAGGAAUGUGCCGGUAGGAGCUGGUCGCCGAAAAAACAAGAACUCCUCAAUGACCACGUCACACUACCGGCACAUGAUGGUCCCUGAGGCGCUUCAGGGAGCCACACUCAAUGCCCCCAAUGGAUUGCAUAAUUCUGUUUUGACUUUUGGCCCUGAUUCCCCCCUUUGUGAUUCAGUGGCUUCUGUGUUGAACAUUGCUGAGAGAGCACAAGGUUGUGUUGUCCCAAAAGGGUUUCAUCAUGCAACUGAGCCAAAUAGUUUUGUGACAUAUAGUAAGGAGGGUGGUAACUCUAAUGGAGUUUCUGUUGCAACAACUUCAACUUCAGGCCAUAGUGGCUCACAUGAAACAGUGGAAAGAAGAGGUGAAGGUUUAACUCCUCAAUUGUCAUUCUUCCCAAGUUCACCUUGGCCUUAUCCAUUGAAUUCUUCAAUGCCUCCUCCUACAUUUUGCCCUCCAGGAUACCCUUUAUCAUUCUACACCGCACCAGCAUAUUGGGGUUGUAUGCAACCCUCAUGGAACAUAUCAUGUAUCUCACCUCAAUCUUCUGUUGACAACUCUGUGACUGUGUCUACCCCUACUUUGGGGAAACACACAAGAGAUGGGAACAUCAUUGCCACAUCCAAUUCACAGAAGAUAGACCACAAAAGUUCAGAACACAAUGUCUUGGUCCCCAAGACUCUUAGAAUUGAUGACCCUAGUGAAGCUGCAAGGAGUUCCAUGUGGUCUAAACUAGGGAGCAAGAAUGAUAAGGGAAGUUCUGGAGGCCUCUUCAAACCAUUUCCAUCAAAGGGAGGUGACAUGAAUCACAUGGUGGAAGCAUCACCGGUGUUGCAAGCCAACCCUGCAGCUCUAUCGCGGUCUCUCACCUUCCAUGAACAGACCUAAACGGAGAAACCACAGAUUCCUAGGACAAAAGUGUUUCACUAAGAGAAAACAGGUGUUUUUGCAGCAGGUUUAGAAGAUAUGUUGAGUAAAUAUCUUGGUGUACAUAUAUAUAUAUGUAUGUAUAUGUAUAUGUGAGACGAGGAAAACUAGGAGGAGUAAAGAGAAAGGAAAGGAGAUUCUUAGACUAAAAUCCAAUGGUUUAGAAUAAACAUGCAAGUCUUCAUUGGAAUCCUGUUGUUGCUUUUGUUUUGUUUUUUUUUUUUUUUCUGAGAUUCUCUACUUUAAUAAUGUUAGUCUUAGAGGAUUAUGAUAUUUAUAUAAGCUUCCUUUAUUUCUUUUCUUCC